AAAAAAAAAAAAAAAAAAAAAAAAAAAAAAAAACGCGAAUAGCUAGUGAGUGAAUAAACGCUGCGGCAAAACACGGUGUUGUGAUCAAUAAACGGUGUGGAAAGGGCCAAGUGUGCAAUAAUCGUAUAUUUGAAAAGUAAUAAGUUCGAGCAACAAUAAUAAAAACAACAUGUCAGCUAAAGCAGAUAUUGCCUUGAUCGGUUUGGCCGUUAUGGGUCAGAACCUGAUCUUGAACAUGAAUGAUAAUGGUUUCGUGGUUUGCGCCUACAAUCGUACCGUCGAGAAGGUCAACCAAUUUCUGCAGAACGAGGCCAAGGGCACAAAAGUGAUCGGCGCCACUUCGUUGCAGGAUAUGGUGAACAAAUUGAAGUUGCCACGUAAAGUUAUGCUUUUGGUCAAGGCCGGCAGCGCUGUGGAUGACUUCAUUAAACAAUUGGUGCCUUUACUAACGCCCGGCGAUGUAAUCAUUGAUGGUGGCAACUCCGAGUACCAAGAUACCGCACGUCGUUGCGAUGAAUUACGCGCUAAGAAAAUUUUGUACGUUGGUUCCGGAGUGAGCGGCGGUGAAGAGGGUGCACGUCAUGGACCAUCACUCAUGCCCGGCGGUCAUCCAGAAGCCUGGCCACUCAUCCAACCUAUUUUCCAGUCCAUUUGCGCCAAAGCCGAUAACGAACCAUGCUGUGAGUGGGUCGGCGAAGGCGGUGCUGGACACUUCGUCAAAAUGGUACACAACGGUAUUGAGUAUGGUGAUAUGCAAUUGAUCUGUGAAGCGUAUCAAAUCAUGAAAGCGCUUGGCCUCUCUCAAACCGAGAUGGCUACAGAGUUCGAGAAGUGGAAUAGCGAAGAGUUGGAUUCAUUCCUCAUCGAAAUCACACGCGACAUUUUGAACUACAAGGAUGACAAAGGUUACCUGUUGGAGCGCAUACGCGACACAGCUGGACAGAAGGGUACAGGCAAGUGGACAGCCAUUGCAGCGCUGCAAUAUGGUGUACCUGUAACGCUAAUCGGUGAAGCGGUAUUCUCACGUUGUCUCUCCGCGCUGAAGGAUGAACGUGUGGCGGCCAGCAAACAAUUGAGCGGACCCGGGGUAACGGCAAAGGUGGACGACUUACCGAAGUUCCUAAAUCACAUCAAGCAUGCGCUGUACUGCGCCAAAAUCGUUUCAUACGCACAAGGUUUCAUGUUGAUGCGUGAGGCUGCCAAAGACAACAACUGGAACUUGAAUUAUGGUGGCAUUGCGUUGAUGUGGCGCGGCGGUUGCAUUAUCCGCAGUGUGUUCUUGGGCAACAUCAAGGAGGCCUACACCCGCAAUCCACAACUCUCGAACCUGCUGUUGGAUGACUUCUUCAAGAAGGCAAUUGAAGUUGGCCAAAACUCUUGGCGUCAAGUUGUCGCCAAUGCCUUCCUUUGGGGCAUCCCUGUACCAGCUCUUUCGACCGCACUCUCGUUCUACGAUGGCUACCGCACCGAAAAAUUACCCGCCAACUUGUUGCAGGCGCAACGCGAUUACUUCGGCGCCCAUACUUAUGAACUCUUAGGUGCUGAGGGUAAAUUUGUGCACACCAAUUGGACCGGCACCGGUGGCAAUGUUUCCGCCAGUACAUACCUGGCGUAAAACUCAUGCCACAAAAUGCCGCAACUUUAGUUUUCUAAAAAAAGGCAUUCCAUUUUCUUAGAAAAUAAUUAGCAAUUAAUUUCAUAUCCGUAUGUAAUUACUUUAAACGCAUACAUACAUACAUGCAUGCAUGUAUACAGAUGGUGUAAAUAAAAAUAUUGCAAGUGGGUAGUAAAAGAAACAAAUUCGUAACAUUUAAA